GACCUGGAAGAGGUGCUAAAGAGGGAGCUGAGUGGAAACUUUGAGAAGACAGCCUUGGCCCUUCUGGACCACCCCAGCGAGUAUGCGGCCCGGCAGCUGCAGAAGGCCAUGAAGGGCCUGGGCACGAACGAGGCAGUGCUCAUCGAGGUCCUGUGCACGAGAACCAAUAAGGAAAUCAUCGCCAUUAAAGAGGCCUACCAAAGGUUAUUUGACAGGAGCCUUGAAUCAGAUGUCAAAGGUGAUACAAGUGGAAGCCUAAAAAAAAUUCUGGUCUCCCUGCUACAGGCUAAUCGCGAUGAAGGAGAUAAUGUAGACAAAGAUCUAGCUGGUCAGGAUGCCAAAGAUCUGUAUGACGCAGGGGAAGGCCGCUGGGGCACGGACGAGCUUACCUUCAAUGAAGUCCUGGCCAAGAGGAAUCACAAACAGUUACAAGCCACCUUUCAAGCCUACCAAGUUCUCAUUGGCAAAGACAUCGAAGAGGCCAUCGAAGAAGAAACGUCAGGAGAUCUGCAGAAGGCCUACUUGACUCUCGUGAGGAGUGCCCGGGACCUCCAGGGCUACUUUGCUGACUGUCUGUACAAGGCCGUGAAGGGUGCGGGCACCGACGAGGAGACCCUCAUUGACAUCAUUGUGACCCAGGCGGAGGUGGACCUUCAGGGGAUAAAAGCCAAGUUCCAAGAGAAGUAUCAGAAGUCUCUCUCUGACAUGGUUCGCUCAGACACCUCUGGGGACUUCCAGAAACUGCUGGUGGCCCUCUUGCACUGAACCGAGCCAGCACAGCAGGAGAACGGGGAGGAACCACCUUUGACAAAAGCCCCUCCCAAACCAGAUUUGCAAAUGCCACUCCAGCACGAAACACCCUCAAGGGUCCUGGUUUAUUUCCUUGGCCAGGGCAGCAGCCUCAAGACGCCUGACUAGAUCACCCUGAAUGCUGGUUUAGCGAGUGUCUGGGCUGCCUCUUAAUUUUCCUUGAGGGUAGUCACUGAAUGCUUUCUGAGCACAGAUGAAAUCUGCAGUUGAUAAAAACUAUGCAUUCGUAAUAAAACAUUUAAAAGGAUAUGUAUCACACAGGGAUAUGUAUGUUCUGGGUAAAGAGCAAGUGGUUAAAGUUCAAGAAAGACCAAAGUAAGCAAUUCAUUCAUUUUCCUUCUGUGCGCUCAAUUUCAAUCCUCCAUGUUAACUGAAGAUGUGGCUUACGCCUACAUCAGCUGCUUUUCCAAAGACUGGGUUGAUCUGCUUUGGUGUUUGUCCGGUAAAUAAAUGACUUGUGAAAUGUCAACAUAUUUGGAAAAUGCAAACAGUUACAUUUAUUAAUAAUCACCAAGGACAGUCACCAAGGCCAGCGGCAAGGAAACAACUGACUUGCCUAUAUGAAACGUAACGAGAGGUAAAAUUCCCUGAUCUGCUACCUGGUUUAAAUGGUUUUUCUUGCUUCUCUAGACAUUUGAGCCACUUGAGUCUUCCCUCGGAUCUUCAAAUACAAUUAGGCUGGGCACAGUGCCAACAGGAUCAAGGUUAAUGGUCUGGCUCUCAAAUGGAUUGAUUCUGCACCAAUAGCAUCUCUGUUCCAAGGUGUUUGUCUCAUGGCCACGUGCUGCUACACAUAAAGGGGUCUGUCAUGAGAACACAGACACUUUGGUCCAAUAAUUAUAGUUAUCGUUCAUCGGAUGAUUAUUUGUGCCUGGCACUGAUAAGUAGCUUACUUUCAUACUUAAUUUUCCCAACAUCCCUAUGAGGUUAAUAUUACUCCCAUUUAUGAGCUGAAGCAACUGAGACAUUAAGUAACCUGGCCAAAUUCAUUCACAAAUGACAGAACCGAGAUUUGAAUUCAGGGCUGGCGGACUCCAGAAUCCAUCCUAGUAACUGCUUUUCUUGGAAAAAUAACACAAAGUACACGGAAAUGGGUCUGUAUUCAUUCACCUGCUUAAGUUCCUACUAUUUGCCAAUCCCUGUGCUGGGCUCUGGGGAUACAAAGAUAAAGAGAACACUGGCCACACCUUGGGCAGUUCAUUCCCAGGCCAGUAGUGUAGACGGAUGCCUCCAGUAUUCAUCAGACGCUGUUAAGUGCACUGAUACAGGCACGUAAAGCUCUCUACCCAUGAGUAAGAAGAGGCAACACAGAGCUCUGCCUGGGGGAACUGGGGAAUACUUUACAGAGAUGCAGUUGUGCUGGGUUUUGAAUACAUAGAAACUUUCCAGAAAAACAAAGAAAGAAGCACGUGGGUAGAGGCCUGGAAACAUAACGGAGCAGGAUGUGUUCAGGAGGCGUUGAAAUCCAUUUUCCUGGGGCAUGGAUGUGGUGAAAGGAAGGAGAGGGCCGGGGAGGCGGGUGAUGAAGAGUAUGUUUGGGUCACGUCAGCCGUGGUUUUGCCUUCCAAGUGUGAGCUUGGUCCUCUGGGCAACAGUGGUCAUUGGAGAUGUUUAAAUGAGUGAGAACAUGAUCAGAUUUGGGUCUUGGGAAAUCACUUUGGUGGUGUAAUCAACACAGAGCAUACCAGCCCAAGCACGCUGUGCUGUGUCUUUCUAGCAGCUGUAAAAGCGUGAUCAACAACUUAAGAAGUUAUGUUAACCUCUGCAUCCUCAACAUACCGGUUUAUCUACCUAACAGACACGGCUGUCAUUAUGAGCUUUAGCACGUAAAAUGGUUCAGUGACAAAACACACUCAUGUUCUCGUUGUCAAAGCUGGCCUUGUGCUUUUAAGAAACAAACAAAAACAACCAGUUCUUGGGAUCUGAGCUUAUAGUAAGGACAGAAAAACAAACCAGUGGACUGAAAAGAGAUCUAUUAAAAGCAGCCAUCCUUUGAGAGUGCUGAAGGCCACGACUGACAUGGAGAGGAGAGGAAAGGGAUAUCACAGGGGAGGAAACAGGCUGAGUAAGAUGGAGAAGCAAAGUCAUUUGCUCAAGGUCACACACAGGAAGAAUCAGGGCCAGAAUUCAAACGCAAGUCCUUCUGACCCUGAUGUCUGAGCUCUUAGCCAAUUAGCUCACGUCCAUGCGUGCCUUCUCCAGAGCUUGAAGCUCCGGGCGCCAGGCACCUCUCUGACUGUUGCUCACCACCCACAGGCGGAAGCCAGUUUCUGCACUUGACCUGGGGGCUGCCUCACAAGAGAACUCCCCCGUCU